ACAUGAAAAACAGCGCCAUCUUCGGCUGCAUUUUUGUUCGGAAAUUCUUGGAGAUUGAAAAAACUUAUCAUAUACAAAUCGGCAACCAUAAUUACGUAAAUAUCUUUGCUAAAUGAUGGGUUGUUUAUUUAGCAGUGGAUCUGGCAAACCGGAAGAAUUGUCACCCGAGCCAAAAAAGCAAUUUUCUUGGGAUAAGAGGCCAAAAGUAAACGUUGAUGAUAUUAGUUUUAAAGAUCGCGAAAAUGAAACACUUGUUAAAUUACCAAAUUCCCUCAAGGGCUCUCAAUUCAUUAUAAAGAACCUGAAAAAUUGCACUGUUUAUCUUCUUGAUCACAUGAAUACGGUUACUGUUGAUGAUUGCGAAGAUUGUAAAAUUUUUAUCGGUCCGAUUAAGACAAGCAUUUUUGUACGAGAUUGUAAGAAUAUGAAAUUAAUGGCUGCUUGUCAACAAUUCCGAACAAGGGAUUGCAGCAAAAUGGAUUGCUUUUUGUGCUGUACAUCACAACCAAUAAUCGAGUCAACCAUUAACGUAAGAUUCGGCUGUAUGCAAGUCUACUAUCCAGAAUUCCAAUCACAAAUGGAUGAGGCUGGACUCAGUAUCUACAAUAACAAGUGGAGUUCAAUACACGACUUUACUCCAGUUCCUGGAGAAGACAAUUACACCCUACUAUCAACGAAAGACACGAACGAUCUCAGCUCAUACAUUCCACUUCCGCCUGAUACAGAAGAGUUUUCAACAGUCCACGGAAAGAUAUCCUUCGAAAAGAAUCAAAGUGUCAUUCCAUUAAGCUAUGGUAUAAAAUGUAAAGGCGAAGAAGAUAGUUGUCUGGUCAUCUUUUUUCACCAGCCAACUCAGAAAGAAAUAUGCGCUAAUUUCACAAAAAAAAUGAAUGACGAACACCCUAGUUGCCGAUUGUUAAGGAGUAAAGAAAUUGGUCUGAAACCGGCGGAAUGCAGAGCAGUAUUUGGUGAUGAUAAUAGAUACGAAGAGCUUAUAAAAAUCGGCGAAGAAAUGCAGUGUGUCGUACUCCCUUUGGAAAAUUGCAAUUGUGCCGUUUGUUUGGAACCUUUUUUGGAGAGGGACCCCAGAAUUCUGAAUUGCUUUCAUACUUUUUGUUUUAAGUGCUUGGAAGAAUGUGGAAAAAAUUUACUGCGCGGUCAAAUAUUUUGCUGUCCCGUUUGCAGACGAGCAACUUUUUGGCCAGCGGAAGGUGCAGGUGGUUUUCAGAAGAAUUACUAUUUCGAUAAUACGAAACGAGUUUCACAUUUUGAGAAGAAAGCCCCCCAACGAAGACAAUCUUCUACCUGUACCUCAGUGUCUACUUCUGCAUCAACCUCCUCAACUCAAACGUCUCGAAAAGCUUUGUACGAAUCACUGUGUUUCUGUAAUAAUGGCUAUUUCGAAACUUGUUAUAACAUUAUACAAAUUUUCGCCGCUGAUAACAGAAUUGUAACUUUAGAGCGCUUGAUGGAUGGUCAAUCGGCGAUUGUAGAAUACGACUUUGAGGGUAGAAAUAUCGGAACACUAUAUACAUUGAGAGAAGCAACUUGCAUUGCAUUAAAUGGCUCGACUUUGGCCGUUGGCUGUGAACGUGGAUAUGUAAAGGUUCUGAAGCAUAUUGACAAUAAUUGGAAGUUGACGUCGACGUUUAGUUUGACGAAAAUGCUUACCUGCCGAAGAGACCGAUGCAUUGAACAAGUUGCACUGAAUAACGAUAUGCUAUACGUUAUCCCUGAAGCAUUGUUGGAAGAUGAAAAAAGUUGUAUUAGAAUCUCGUUAGAAGAUGAUCCCGAUCAGACGUUUGUCGAUUUUCCAAAAUUUGACAAUACUUACGUCAGUCUAUUGAUAAGAGACGAAACAGUUUUUGCCUGUAGUACAGAAUCGUUUAUAAUGUCAACCGAAAGAACAACAAAGAUUGAAAAGAGGAUACAAGCUGGCUUUCACUUACGUUCCAUGUCGCCGAAUUGUAUUUGUUUUAUGAACAAUAAUAUUCUAAUGGCUGAAAGUCAUUACUUACAUAUGUACGAUGAAAAUGGCGAUUUUCUAACAAGUAUGGAUAUUGGCUUAGAAAUGGAUCGAAUAUUUUAUGUGAAAAAGUCAAAAAUUCUAUUUGCAACGAAAGGAAAGCGUGUCUAUGUCUACACGUGUUAA